AUGUCAAAUCAAAUCCUAGACUUUAUAUCAAGGAGAGUUGGGAGAAAAGCAAAACCCUAGCUCCACCUCGGAACCACCGAUCCCAUGGAAGAACUCACAGCUUUUGCUUCUUCCUCUUUACUAGUCCCUCUUCCUAAAGAAACCUCACUCAAUCUCCAGCAAUAUCUCCACUUCUUACUCCAGACCCGACCCGAUGAUUGGGUCUACUCCAUUUUCUGGCAGCCCUCGAGGGACGAUCGUGGCUGUCUCGUCCUAACCUGGGGCGAUGGCCAAUUCCGGGGGUUGAAAGACAUCGCACCCACUAACUCCACCUAUCUUGAGACACCUGCCAGCCCCGAUACUAAGUUGGGCCGACAUGACGUCUGCGAUCUCGAACAGUACUACAUUGUCUCGGUCACGAGGUCAUAUUCCUCCGAGGAGAGCAUCCUCGGGUGGGCAUUAAGUUCGGGGACAUACAUCUGGUUGAGUGGCGAGGAUGAGCUCAGAAUUUACGAGUGUGAGAGGGUUAGAGAAGCAAGGGCGACUGGAAUCAAGAGCAUAGUGUUUAUAUCGACUCCUUAUGAUACCGGGGUUCUGGAAUUGGGCUCCAUCAAAACACUCCAAGAAGACCGGAGUCUAGUCCACUUGGCCAAAUCCCUCUUCAUUUCUCAUUUCUUGAGCACUGCAGUUACUCCCCAUGUCUAUGAAGAGCAUCAGUCCAAUGUUGUUCUGAAGGAAGGAUGCUCCGAGUUAGGCCGAACUGGCGCUUCACGUCUUUUGGGUUCCAAGAGCGACUUAAAAAGAGUGGGCGUGUCGCAUAAUAUUACUUCCUCUAACAAGAGGGUUACGAUUACAAAGAUGAAGAGGGAUGAUAAAGAAACUGCUCGGCCGCCGUUGCCUUCACGGCCCAACCAUGUGGAAGCCGAGAGGCAAAGAAGAGAGAAUCUGAAGCAGAGAUUCUACGCCCUAAGAUCUGUCGUCCCUAAAGUCACCAAAAUGGACAAAGCCUCUCUUCUCUCCGACGCCGAGAGUUACAUCAAGGAGCUGCGAUCCAGGAUCGAUGAACUUGAAGGCAAGCUCAAGUUUCUGCCCCAAAAGCUCAGCCGGAAUAAAGUGGCCAGCCUUUUCGGCAAUGAAACCAAGACUACGAUGCACGCGAGCAAGAUCAGAUCAAGCACGUCACUGAAUGUUGUCAAGGGUUUGAGCAAGAUGGAGGCGGAGGUGAAGGUGGUAGGCGGCGAAGCGGUGGUUCGGGUGUGGAGCCCGAACGGGGACCACCCAGUUGCGAGGCUGAUGGGCACGCUCAAGGAGCUGGAGCUCGAAGUCCACCACGCAAGCGUGUCGAGCGUGAAGGGCAUGAUGCUUCAGGACGUGGUGGUUCGGACUCCGAACGGGCAGGCGAACGAAGAGAGCUUGAGAGAUGCGAUUCUUGCAAAAUUGUGCGAGGUAUGACUCAUGGUUAAGGUGUUGGUUGUCGGGCUUGUGGUUUUGCUGUGCUGUUGUUUUUUCUAAUGGAUCUUCUGUUGUUAAGUCUUCUGUUGUAAGUUCUGCUUAAGGAGAAGACCACGGUAUGUAGUUCCGAGUGAAUUUGGACUAUAUUUGCAUGCGUGCAUUUUGGUCAUAUUAAUAACACGUAAAACCUCUUGAAGGAUCU